AUGGCGGACGGAAAGGGAGACGCCGCCGCCGUCGCCGCCGCAGCUGCCGUCGCCGGGGCUGGGGCUGAGGCUCCGGUGGUAGCGGGGACCGGAGACGCAGCCGAGACUGAGUCGGUGGCUCGGGGUCAUCGCCCUGCAUCUCCGGCGCCGGGAGCCUCGGGCCUGCGACCGUGUCUGUGGCAGUUGGAGAGCGAACUGAGGGAGCAGGAGGUGUCGGAGGUCUCAUCGUUGAACUACUGCCGGAGCUUCUGCCAGACCUUAUUGCAAUAUGCAAGCAACAAGAAUGCAUCAGAACACAUUGUGUAUCUCCUGGAGGUUUAUCAACUCGCCAUCCAGAGCUUUGCCAGUGCACGUCCAUUUCUAACUACUGAAUGUGAAGAUGUCCUCUUAGUGUUGGGCAGAUUAGUACUGAGUUGCUUUGAAUUACUGCUCUCAGUGUCUGAAAGUGAGUUACCAUGUGAAGUGUGGUUGCCAUUCCUUCAGUCUCUACAGGAGUCACAUGAUGCAUUGCUGGAAUUUGGGAACAAUAACCUACAAAUACUGGUUCAUGUUACAAAGGAAGGAGUAUGGAAAAACCCCAUUCUUCUCAAAAUUCUGUCUCAGCAGCCAGUAGAAACAGAGGAAGUUAAUAAGUUGAUUGCGCUAGAAGGACCUUCUUUUCUACAACUGCGAAUAAAACAUUUGUUGAAAUCUAACUGCAUCCCACAAGCCACUACUUUAUCAAAGCUAUGUGCAGAAUCUACAGAAAUUUCACAUGUGUCAUCAUUUCAGCAAGCCUAUAUCACAUGUUUAUGUGCCAUGCUCCCUAGUGAAGAUGCUAUUAAGGAGAUUGCAAAGGUCGACUGCAAAGAAGUUCUAGACAUCAUAUGUAAUAUGGAAUCUGAGGGUCAGGAUAAUACCGCAUUUGUUCUUUGUACGACUUAUCUUACCCACCAACUCCAAACAGCAAGUGUUUAUUGUUCUUGGGAGCUGACUCUCUUUUGGAGUAAACUGCAGAGAAGACUCGACCCUUCUGUAGACAUUUUUUUGGAGCGCUGUCGGCAGUUUGGUGUUAUUGCUAAAACGCAGCAGCACUUGUUUUGCCUGAUUAGAGUUAUACAAACUGAAGCACAAGAUGCUGGCCUUGGCGUGUCCAUUUUACUGUGUGUCAGAGCUCUUCAACUCAGAUCAAGUGAAGAUGAGGAAAUGAAGGCAUCAGUUUGUAAAACAAUUUCCUGUCUCUUACCAGAAGAUUUGGAAGUUAGAAGAGCCUGUCAGCUUACAGAAUUUUUAAUUGAACCCACUUUGGAUGGAUUUAAUAUGCUAGAAGAACUAUAUUUGCAACCAGAUCAAAAAUUUGAUGAAGAAAAUGCACCUGUUCCAAAUUCUCUCCGAUGUGAGCUCUUACUAGCUUUAAAAGCCCAUUGGCCCUUUGAUCCUGAAUUCUGGGACUGGAAAACAUUAAAACGACACUGCCACCAGCUUCUAGGACAAGAAGCUUCAGAUUCUGACGAUGAUUUAAGUGGCUGUGAAAUGUCUUUCAAUGACACAGAUGUCUUGGAGUCAUUUCUCAGUGACUAUGAUGACAAUAAAGAAGAUAAACAAUACAGAAGAAGAGAUUCAGCUGAUCAACAGAAGGAAAAAAGAGACAAAAAACCCAUUGGUUCCUCUGAAAGAUACCAGCGGUGGCUUCAGUACAAAUUUUUCUGUCUGUUGUGUAAGCGGGAAUGUAUAGAGGCCAGGAUUCUUCAUCAUUCUAAGAUGCAUAUGGAAGAUGGAAUUUAUACCUGUCCAGUUUGUAUUAAAAAGUUCAAGAGAAAAGAGCUAUUUGUCCCUCAUGUGAUGGAGCAUGUUAAAAUGCCACCAAGCAGAAGAGACCGCCCUAGAAAGAAAUUACUAUUGAAAGGCUGUCAAAAGGGUAUUUAUCCCAAGAGUCCCUCUGGAAGUCUGGAACAAAAUCAGUCAUUGAGUGAACAAGCCAAAGGAGAAUCUCAUGAAUAUGUCACAUUCAGCAAAUUAGAAGAUCGCCACCUACAAGACAGAGAUUUGUACCCAUGUCCUGGCACAGACUGUUCCCGUGUAUUUAAACAGUUUAAAUAUUUAAGUGUGCAUCUUAAAGCUGAACACCAAAAUAAUGAUGAAAAUGCCAAGCACUAUUUGGAUAUGAAAAAUAGAAGAGAAAAGUGUACUUACUGUCGAAGACAUUUUAUGUCUGCUUUUCACCUGCGAGAGCAUGAGCAAGUGCACUGUGGUCCUCAGCCUUAUAUGUGUGUGUCUAUAGACUGCUAUGCAAGGUUUGGAUCAGUGAAUGAACUACUUAAUCAUAAACAAAAACAUGAUGAUCUUCGUUACAAAUGUGAACUAAAUGGCUGUAAUAUUGUUUUCAGUGACUUGGGACAGCUUUACCACCAUGAAGCACAACACUUUAGGGAUGCAUCCUACACAUGCAACUUUGUUGGCUGUAAAAAGUUCUAUUAUUCCAAAAUAGAAUUCCAGGAUCACCUUUCUAUGCAUAAUGUUGAAGGUUCAAAUGGAAACAGAAAGAAGUCACUGACUCUUGAGGAGAAGCAAGGUCGUGUGGGCCAGCCCUGUCUACCUAGCCAAGUGGACAAGUCCCAUUCACCUGAGAAUCUUCUCUUCUGCUCGGGGUCAGCCAGUUCUCAGAUUGAUACUGCAGAAACACUGAAAGAAAACAGUGACAGUAACUCUAGUGAUCAGUUAAGUCACAGCUCUUCAGCUUCAGUGAAUGAUGAGUUAAUAGACACACUGGACCACACUGAAACCAUGCAGGAUAUAUUAUUACCUCAUGAGAAAGUCUUUGUGGCCUCCAGUUUAAAAGAAAAAUGUCCCAAUGUGGCCGUUUGUUUUGAUGGGACUAAGUUUACCUGUGGUUUUGAUGGCUGUGGUUCCACUUACAAAAAUGCUCGAGGGAUGCAGAAGCACCUGCGCAAGGUGCAUCCAUACCAUUUCAAACCAAGAAAGACAAAGACAAAAGACCUCUUGCCCUGUGUGGGCAACGAGCAAAGUCCGGCUGCUGACAAGUUUGACGUAGAGCCUAAACCCAGCUCAGAUACAAACAGUGACUCCCCAGACGAAGGUCUGGACCACAGCAUUCAUACCAAGUGCAAACGAGAACAUCGAGGUUAUUCCUCAGAACCUUCCAUUUGUGCUUCUAAAAGGCCAUGUACAGAGGAUACUAUGUUGGAACUUCUCUUACGGUUAAAACACUUAAGCUUGAAAAACUCAAUAGCACAUGGAUCUUUCUCAGGGUCAUUGCCAGGGUACCCAUCCAGUGGUGCUAAGUCCCUUCAGUCAGUUUCGUCUAUCUCAGACCUUCAUUUUCAGAAUCAAGAUGAAAAUGUGCCAAGUCAAUAUCUUGCACAAUUGGCAGCUAAGCCUUUUUUCUGUGAGCUUCAAGGAUGCAAAUACGAAUUUGUGACCAGGGAGGCUUUGCUAAUGCACUAUCUUAGAAAGCAUAAUUAUUCAAAAGAAAAGGUCCUUCAGUUAACCAUGUUUCAGCAUCGGUAUUCCCCAUUCCGGUGUCAUAUUUGCCAAAGGUCAUUUACCAGAAAAACACACCUUAGGAUUCAUUAUAAAAAUAAACAUCAAAUUGGCAUUGACAGAGCAUCACACAGACUGUUGGACAAUGAAAAAUGUGAUCAUGAAGGCCCAUGCUCAGUAGACAGAUUAGAAGGUGAUUGUUCUGCAGAACUUGGUGGUGAUCCCAAUGGUAACUCUGAGAAGACACAGUGUCAUUCUAAAAAAGAUGAUUGCAGUUCAGAAACAGACUUAGAGUCAUCUUGUGAAGAAACAGAAAGUAAGACAUCUGAGAUUUCAUCACCAAUAGGCAGCCAUAGAGAAGAAGGAAGAGAGGGGCGAGGUAGCAGGCGAACUGUUGCUAAAGGAAAUUUGUGCUAUAUUUUAAAUAAGUACCACAAACCAUACCAUUGUAUACAUAAAGGUUGCAAUUCCUCAUUCACCAAUCUAAAAGGCUUGAUACGCCACUACAGAACUGUUCAUCGGUACAACAAAGAACAGUUAUGUUUAGAAAAGGACAAAGCAAGAACCAAAAGGGAACUUGUAAAAUGUAAAAAGAUAUUUUCUUGCAAAUACAAGGAAUGUAACAAACGCUUCCUGUGUUCCAAAGCCCUUGCUAAACACUGUAGUGAUGCUCAUAACCUAGACCACAUCGAAGAGUCUAAAGUUCUUUCUGAAGCAGAAUCUGCAGCACGGUUUUCUUGUAACCAGCCUCAGUGCCCUGCUAUUUUUUAUACAUUUAGUAAGUUGAAACACCACUUGAUGGAACAGCACAAUAUUGAAAGAGAAAUACAUACAGAUUAUGAAAUUCAUUGUAAUCUUAAUGGCUGUGGCCAAAUUUUUACCCAUCGCAGUAACUACUCACAACAUGUAUAUUACCGACAUAAGAACUAUUACGAUGAUCUGUUCAGAAGCCAGAAAGUAGCAAAUGAGAGGCUACUAAGGAGUGAAAAGGUAUGUGAAACAACUCUCACUCAGGAGCAGGAACAGCAGACUACCAGGAGGUCAUUUAAUGCUAAAGCCAAAAAAUGUGGCUUAAUCAAAGACAAGAAAGCUCCAAUUAGUUUUAAAACAAGAGCUGAAGCCCUCAGUAUGUGUGUAGAGCACUCUGAGCACACACAGUUCCCAUGCAUGGUUGAAGGAUGCUUAUCUGUGGUGAAGUUGGAGAGCAGCAUAGUGAGGCAUUACAAACGCACCCAUCAGAUGAGUAGUGCCUACUUAGAGCAACAGAUGGAAAAUCUUGUUGUUUGUGUUAAGUACGGUACUAAAAUUAAAGAGGAACCCCCUUCAGAAGCAGAGCCCUGCAUAAAGAAAGAAGAAAAUAGUAGCUGUGAACCCGAGCACACACAGUGCAGCCAUUCCCCGGGGGACAGCACUGUGCCCCUACAGAAUGCGGAUUCCUCCUAUUCUGGGGAAAGAGAUGGGGCUCAGGAAGGGUGUACAGAGAGCAACCCAGUGUUUGAUGCAGACACUCUGCUCUACCGGGGAACUUUGAAAUGUAACCAUAGUUCAGAAACCACUUCUUUGGAACAGUGUAAUUCAGGUCAGUCUCCUUUCUGUAAAAUAGAAAAUUCCAUACCUGAUCCCAGUGGGACUGAAAAUGGUACUUAUUUCACAAGUUUCCAGCUGCCUUUACCACGGAUCAAAGAAGAACCUGAGGAGCCAAGUUCAGGGCAAGAAAACACUGUUAAAAAUUCAGUUCAUGUCCCAAAAGAGAAUGUUAGGAAGCAUUCACAGCCCAGGUCGUUUGAUUUGAAGACUUACAAACCUAUGGGAUUUGAAUCUUCAUUUCUGAAAUUUAUUCAGGAAAGUGAAGAGAAAGAUGAUGAUUUUGAUGAUUGGGAGCCUUCAGAGCACUUAACAUUAAGUAAUUCCUCACAACCCAGUAAUGACUUAACAGGGAAUGUUGUGGCAAAUAGUAAGGUAAACAACAGUGACCCUGACGUUGACAUACCUCAACCCUCCAGUGACUCUCCAAUUCAUGAGAACUUGACUGCACCUUUAAUAGUAGCUGAAGCGACAGCAGUUCCUUCCCUGGAAAAUCUAAGGGUGGUAUUGGACAAAGCAUUAACAGACUGUGGAGAGCUUGCCUUAAAACAACUGCAUUAUCUUCGGCCAGUAGUUGUCCUUGAAAGAUCUAAGUUUUCCACACCAAUUUUAGACUUAUUUCCAACUAAAAAGACAGAUGAGCUUUGUGUAGGAAGUUCCUAAAUAGCAAUUUUGUUCUAGAAGCAGACUAGCUCCAACACUGCAACAUGGGGACAGUUGCCAACAUGAACAAAGGCUGAGAACCAGCCACACUGUUGUUUAGGGUAGAGUAGGCUGUGUAUUUACAUGAAUGUAUCAUAUCUAUGUCAGCAGUAUUGGCUGAGUCCAUUAGCUCUCCAGUUGGUAUACUGAUUGGUUUUUUUUUGUUGUUGUUUAUUAAAAAAAUGGAACUGUACUCUUGUUUGGUGCUAAUUAAUACAUCAAAAUAUACUGGGGCUUCCUUUUUCAAAUUAAGUGUGCAUGAUUGUAUAUGGAACAAAUACUAAGGUCCCAGGGUGGGAGGGCUAGGGAAAGGGAUAUGAAGUUCUUACUUGACUUGAAUGUGCACCUGUGGGUGCUUUGUG